CGGCGUUGAUGCAGAUUCAUUUGAUUAUAUUUACUAUGCAUGCAGGCUGGAGGUAAUUUCCAUAUUCAUCAGGCAGGCAGUGACAGGAGGUGGAGGUGGACUUGCUGCAGUUAAAUGGAUGUCGCUGCACACUUUCACUCUGCUCCAUUCACAUGUCUGGAUCGGAGGUCUGCGGCGCUAAUCCUUAUAAAUCCCGGUCAGCAGAGGCGGAGCAAGCAGCGCUUUGCAGUUUCCUCCCAGAUCGGUUUCACCGUGGCGGGUCGCGGAGAGUGCACGGACUUUCCCGUUUAAAUGAAACAAAACAAAAACACGAUGUGUAUCCUGGUGUUUUCUGUAGAGUAGCUGCCUGUGGAGACGGUGCGCUCAGGAGGGGGAGCAAAUGCGCCUCUUGCCAUGACUGCUGCCGGGGAGCAGAGCUUUCAGGUGGCGUUGAUCUUGUUGUGCGUCGCCCAGCUGACCGCAGGUCUGAAGUGCGUGUGCCCCCUGUGCGCCAACUACACCUGUGAGACGGCUGCAGACGGAGCCUGCUGGAACUCUGUGAUGCUGAUUGACGGGAAGGAGGAGACGGUCAAAUCCUGCAUCUCCCCCUCCCAGAUGAAGGGUCAACUUUUCUGCUACAGCUCCAAAAACGUCUCCAAGAGGAACUGUUGCUUCACCGACUUCUGCAACAAUGAGACCCUGCACCUGCACCGAGAGAGGCCUUCAGAGGAGCCGGGCUGGAGCAGACUGCAGCUCAUAGUGGUGAUCCUGGUGCCCUCCUGCUUGCUGUGUGUGGGGAUCCUGCUGGGGGUGUGUGUCGUGCAGGGACACCAUUGUGCCUACGGCCGAGCCCAUAAGCAAGACCCCGAGGAGCCCCUGGAUGAUCAGAUGCUUAUGUCUCCUGAUAAAUGCCUCAAAGAUCUGAUUUAUGACAUGAGCACAUCUGGCUCAGGGUCAGGUCUACCACUGCUGGUCCAGAGGACUAUAGCUCGGACCAUCGUCCUGCAGGAGACCAUUGGGAAAGGUCGCUUUGGUGAGGUCUGGCGUGGCAAGUGGCGGGGGGAGGAUGUAGCUGUCAAGAUCUUCUCCUCCCGGGACGAGAGGUCCUGGUUCCGGGAAGCAGAAAUGUAUCAAACUAUCAUGCUCAGGCAUGAAAAUAUUCUUGGCUUCAUUGCUGCUGAUAACAAAGAUAAUGGCUCAUGGACCCAGCUCUGGUUGGUGUCAGAGUACCAUGAGCACGGCUCCCUGUAUGACUACCUGAACAGGUACACAGUCUCAGUGGAGGGCAUGGUUGUUUUGGCUUUGUCUGUAGCCAGUGGACUGGCACACCUUCAUAUGGAAAUCAUUGGCACACAAGGAAAACCCGCGAUCGCUCACAGAGAUCUAAAGUCUAAAAAUGUCCUUGUGAAGAGGAAUGGAAUGGCAGUCAUCGCAGAUUUGGGCUUAGCUGUUAAACAUGAUUCCAGCACAAACACCAUAGACGUACCGUCUAACCACAGAGUGGGAACUAAGAGGUACAUGGCUCCAGAGAUCCUGGAUGAGUCAAUCAACAUGAACAACUUUGAGUCAUUUAAGAGAGCAGACAUCUAUUCGCUUGGCCUGGUGUUCUGGGAAUUAGCCAGAAGAUGCUCUGUAAGAGGACUUCAUGAAGAUUUUCAACUGCCUUACUAUGACAUGGUGCCUUCAGAUCCAUCCAUUGAGGACAUGAAAAAAGUUGUAUGUGAUCAGAAACUCAGACCAAACAUUCCCAAUCAGUGGCAGAGUUGUGAGGCUCUGCGUGUGAUGGGAAAACUGAUGAGAGAGUGCUGGUAUGCCAAUGCUGCUGCGCGACUGACUGUGCUGCGAGUCAAGAAAACUGUAUCUCAACUGUCUGCAAUCAAAGACAUCAAAGACUAGUUUGGCUUGCUGCCCUGCAGAUCAUGACUGGUGCUGGCACUGGUGUCAUGAGAUAAUCCUGGAAAAGGCAGAAUUCACUUUUCAGGAGGAAAGCACAUUUUGUUUUUGUUGCCAAAGGUUUGUAUAAAGUGAGGCAUCGGUGGAAGGUUUCUGCAAAUACAUCUAGGCGACUGACUUUCCUUUUUAUAGAAAGAGCCAUGCGAUAUAAGUCAUGUUAAAUGUGAUUUUUUUUGCUACCUCAACAUUUGAAGUGCCCAAAGCUUGAAGUUGCACAUUGUUGUGUUUUUGUGCUGUUGUUUUUUUCUGUUUGUUUUUUUGCUAUCAGAGUGCUGCUGGGUUGUUAGAUUGCUUAGUGACAAUCUCCGGAAAUAUCUUCUCAUCUUAAGUGUUUACUGACACAUAGAGAUUUUCCCUGAAAAUAUGAAGUGUUUUUGCACAGGUAGAACAUCUCUCUUGGAUAGAUUUUGCUGAAGGUUCUAUGAAAGGGAACAUAGUCAUACUGUAUAUUUACAACUGGAAGAGAUAACAUGAGUGUAUCUAAGCCUUUUCAGAAUGUAAACAGUCAACUA